AUGCAAUAUGCGGCAUCGGAACCGUCGGAUCUGGCCCGCUUGUCGAAGGAGCAGAAAUCCACCAUCAUCAGCCACUUAGACGGACUUUGUGUACAGGAAAGCUGGGAUACUUUGGUCGGAAAAGUUCCUGCAAUGAGGGACGGGCUCGCGGCAGAGGUUUUCCUCACGGCAUUGAUCUUUCAGGACCUGCACAGCAUGAUGAUAGAGCAUCCGUUCUGGUACCUUGACGGAAAGAAUGCCCGGGAUCAAACCGAGAACGAUACUUUUGGCGAACGGCUGGAAUACCUUUACGAAAGCGAUGAGGUCGAGAAAAAGCGCCGAAAUGAGCUGGUGGGAAUUUACACAGGAGCUAGCCAUGCUGCAGUCUGCAACGACCAAUGCUCGGGGCAAACAGAAUUUUCGCAGCUGGCCGAUAUUGAUCCAACCUACCAUUCGAGCUCCGCUGAGCUGUCAGCACAUGAUUGUCAUGGCGUGCUUCCUGGCGACACCAGGCUCGAUGGACACCGAAUUCUGUUGGUCCUUCGUCCAGCAAUGCGCCACAAAUUGAGCCAGAUGUCUUCUGAGCUCAUGAUUUGGCUGCCCGCAGUUGUCAUGGUGGAAGAUAAUCUAGUCGACUGA